CCCCUUGCGCUCACCUGGCCGCGCAGCCUCCUUCAGGUGGGAGCUGCAGGUCCUGGAACCUUCUCUCCACUUCCCUCUCUGCGGUUCACCAGAGCGUCCUCACACGGCACUGACAGCGGGAGAAGUCACUUCAGCCUGACACCCAGCAACACACGGACCUGUAGCUGCCAGCAGAAACACUUCCAGACUCCAGUCGCUUCCUGAAGUGCGUUUUCACGGAAAUGGUUCACCUGAAGUUUCCCUUCGGACGGUGAAAGUUUAGAGUUGGAGACAGCAGGGAGUCGCUUCCAAUGGAGAGAGGGUGAAUCAAUCCUUCUGGACCAUACGUACAUAAGUACAUAAGUACAUCAAGGGCUUAGCUCCAGUGUGAGGAGGUAUGUCAAACCGUGACUCGCUGGGGUUCGGGGAACUCCUUCCCCAGGAUGUGGUUGAUAUUUUUGCCCAGGAGAAGCACAGUAAAAGGGGUCGGAAGAAGCGCAGUCACUCCCUGGGCCGGGCUCUGGUCUGGCUGAAGGGUAAGAAGAAUAAGGAUCCUGGUUUUAAGGGGCAUAGCUUGGGUCUGGGUCCUGCACUUGACUUGGCUUUGGACGGGCACCCUGCUGCUGGGCAUCAGGGUGGACACAAGGGAGGACAUAAGUCAGGAAGACAGGCUCAUCAUCAAGGUAACAAUCAUGCUGUCCAAAAGCGAGAUGACAAUGACAAGACCCCGGCCCCCCCCGCUGUUACAGGAGAAUGUUUUCAUAGAGGCCAGCAGGCCCGAGUACUUGGAGAACCUCCACACUGAGGCCCUGGAGGGACUGAAAAUGAUGCAGCAGGAAGAAACCAAUAAUGGAAUGGAGUUCCAGGACAACAUGAGCACAAUUUCGAACAUGACGGUCCAAACGGACGGGGAAGGGUUUAUGACAGACAGCACUAUUGCUGACUCAUCUUCUGUCGUCUCUGUACAAUCAUCUGUGUCCACGAGGUCCUCCCGCUCUGGUCUCACCAGGCAAGGGUCAACAUUCAGGCCCUUGAAUCAUGGGAAAAAGUCAGAAAAGACCAAGACGAGGAGAAAACACAGGAAGACUGUCGGGGGAAUCCCACAGCAUGUUCAGAGAGAACUGGGUCUGGACAGAGUGGGUUGGUCACUGACUCAGAGGUUAGAUGAGGAGCAUCUUUAUAAUGGUGAAUCUGACGACAGCCCAACAGCCUAUAGGCCUCAGUCACAAACCAGAGCUGGUGCCAGCCUUCAGGACAUGAGCCUCAUCCAUCCCCUCCACAAACGCCAUCUUGAGCGGCUCGGUGCCCCCAAUGCUGGUCAUAGGGAUGACCUGGCCCUGCUGAAUCACCUGGGCCCCGAGCUGUCAGAUGGGCAGAGGCCUCACUCCAUGGCCGUUCCUGGUAUGACCACUUCUGACAGCCUCCAGCCCGAGCUGCCCAGCCCCGUCAUGUCCAUGUCCCCCCAGGCACCCUACAUGUCCAAAAUCAUUCCAAAUGCUGUGUUGCCACCCUCCAUUGAUGUGGUGGAAAUCAGCCGUGGACGGAGUCGCAACAGCGUGCGCACCGUCAGCAAGAGCAGCCUGGUGAUGUCCAGCCCGGCCUCCUCCAGGGCUUCCUCCAGAGCCUCUUCCUCCAGAACCUCUUCCUCCAGAGCCUCCGACAUCACCUCUGCAUCCCGCAACUACCCUCACAAUAUGUCCGAUAGCUCUUGUUGGAGCAACUCUGAGUCCUCAGACACCUUGGUAUCGGACUCCUCCACCAUCUCCAGCAGCAGCACCCCUAGACAGAAGAGGUCCCAGGAUGGAGAUGCUAAAGAGGACCAAAUCAGUGUUCACUCCUCUAUCAGCAGGGCUUCAAAAUGCAACUCCAAUGGCAAGCUCAUUGUUAAAGGAGACGAGGUUAAGAAGGAGGAGCCGUUUUCACGUAGCCUCUCCGUCAUGAAGCCCAAGAGGGCUCCUCCUCCUCCGAGCCGCACCUUUUCCCUCCACAAUAAGAUGAAGCGGCGGUCCAGGGAUCUGGCAGAAGUUAGGGUCAACUCAAGGGAAUCCUCUCUAAAUAACACCUCAGCUUCAGGCGAGGAAGAUGAACAAAAUAAAUUGGGAUCUUCGCCCUCCAGCCCUGGGUAUACCGCUGACACGAGUUCACUGGAGGACUCUACAGGCUCUGUGUCAUUUAGCCCCAUCAGAUCCCAGGUGCAGGCCCGAAAAUCAGAGGAAGCCGAAAGAGCGAAAGACUCUUCAGAAAAGAAGAAGGAUCCGGAGAAUAAGCUUAGCAGAAUAGUCUCUCCAUCCAGUGGCUACUCCAGCCAAGAAGGCACAUCCACACAGGUUUCCAAAGAGUCCCACAGCCCAUCUCCGAGGCACAAGAGAGGCAUCUUCGCAAAGUUUCAACGGUUUUUUCCUGGGUCUGGUUCAACGCCACCUCCUCUCCGUGAGGAACUCAAACCUGUCACCACAGUUGAAACUGUCGGCCCUUCUGUAAGGGCCUUGAGGGAACUCUUCAACAUCCCUCCGCCACCUAAAAUCCACGCACCUCCACCGCCUCCUCCAGAGGUGUGGGCUCACAGCAAGCGUUCAUUUGAGCUGCUGCUGGGACCCCCGGCGCCUGAUAACCUUUACGCCAUCAUAAAGAGAAAUCCAAAGGACAGGAGACCACAGAGGCAGUCUCCUUCUGCAUCUGCAAAUAAUCUGAAUGUAACAGUGGAGUCCAUUAGCGGAGCCCUCCGUGUUCUGGAAACAAAGAAAGGUCAAGAAAGUGGGAUUUUGAGUGCAGAGGUUCACAAAGAGGACCUCAACAGACUGGCUGAGCAGAACGUUGAUUUGAAAGGAAAUGGGAAAGUGACAGAAAAAGAGGAGAAAGUGAGAGCAAGUGACAUAAUAAGCAGCAUGUUAGUGAAGGCCGUAGAGAAGCGUGAAGGAAGGCUAUCAGUGGUGAGAGAAGAAGAGGUCAAACCAGCAUCCACACAAGACCCAGAUGUAAAGACUCACAUGGAUACGUUAACCACCAUUUCAUUAACACGCAUUACUCCAUCUCCCUCUCCUCCUCCGGCGCACCACCCUCCCCAACCCCCAACCCCAUCAGUCGUUGUGUCCCCCGAAGCCUCCUGGCCCCCACCGCCUCCACCAAUGGCAAAAGUGGGCCUCAAUGGGCCUGAUGAUGUUGACUUCCCUCUUCCGCCUCCCCCCAUGUUCGGUGAGGUGGGGUUCGUGUUACCUGUUCAGGUGCCACAGGAGAACUCCUCUUCUGGUGGUGGCUCCACGUGUACAACUACGUCCGUUAUAUCAGUGGUGAUCACAGACCAGGGACCUACACCCCUGAAUAUCCCACCUCCCCCACCAUACACGGCUCCCCCUCCACCAGUUAAUGUAGUGUCCCCUCCUACAAUCAAAAAGGUCUCUUCUCCACUGCUACCUAAACAAGUCACUCCACCACCACCUAAUGUAACUUCCCCUCCGCCCAAAUCUAAGGAUAUUCCUCCUCAGCCACCACCUAAAGAAACUUCCCCUCCGACACAACCUAAGCAGGUUGUUCCUCCGCCACCACCUAAAGAAGUCUCUCCACCACCACCUAAGAAGACAUCCCCUCCAACACCGCCUAAAGAAAUGUCUCCUCAACCAUCGCCUAAGGGUAUUUCUCCUCCAUCACCACCUAAAGAAACUUCCCCUCCGUCACCACCUAAGGAGGUCUCUUCUACACCACUCAAAGAAAUUACACCUCCGCUCCUUGUUAAGGUUACUCCUUUGGAACCAAAGGAGGCCCCCCCUGCUCACGUCAAUGAGGUCUCCAGCACACUGGUGACGGUGGUAUCUCCUCCACCAGUUAUCGAGGUCUCCGCUCCACCAGGUCCUGAAGACAUAUCCUGUCUGUCCACUGAAGAAGUGUCUCCUCCAUCUGCUCAAGAGAAGGCCUGUCAAUCUUCUGAGGAGGUCACACCUGUUAAGAGCUUUACUCCACCACUAAAUAUUCCUCCUCCACCUUCCCUACAAUCACAGCCAAAUCCACCAGCGAAAGAACUUGAUCUGCCCGGAGAGAGCUCCGUGGUUGAAUCUGAAACUCUCUCAGUUUCAUCUCACAGCACUCUCACUCCCCCUCAGAGUAUUCCCCCUCCACCUCCUAUACAGCUUCUCCUCCACCCUCAGGUUGUACCCCUGAACACCCAUGGUCCAGCGACCCAGGAGCCCUCCCCUUCCCCAGAAGUCUCUAUCCCACCAGAAAAGGCUGAAGAACCUGCUCCUUCUCCACCUGUAAACAAUCUUUUAGCUCCACCUUUACCUUUGCAGGGCCUUGCCAGCAUUAAGGAGCAGCCUAGUCCUGUAAGCACAGAUAACCAAACCCUGGAGCCGACCUCUGCCCCCGCUGCACAGGAGGGACCCUCGCUCAGUGUCAGCCCCUCCCUUCUGGAGAUGGUCAAGCUGCGGUCAGUCAGCAGCAGCCCUGAGCCUCCUAAAGCUCAGGAGCCAGCAGUGGUGGAGGUUACCAUGAGGAAGCAGCAGCCCAGCAACCCUGCCCCCCCCUCAUCUGCCAGUGGUGAGGCUCCUCAGAAGCCCAUCAGAAGGUCUCUGAUAAUCCUCUCACCACCAACCACAUCUUCACUACCCGCCUCACCCCCUGCCACAGACACUGAACAACUAGCUCUGCCAGAGACCCAUUCUGUUUUGGUACUGCCUGCCUCCCCAACCCCAGCGAAAAGGUCUCCACCUGCCAUGACGGCCUCUCCUUCCAUGAACCUGCAGGAGGCCAUCCGCCUGAGGACAGCGGCCAGAUCAAAAACCGGCCCCGCAUCCCGCCUCAGUUUGAACUCCCCAACGUCGCCAAAAGACCCCCAAAAGUCCCCCUGCAGCACAGCAAGCUUUAUCUUCUCCAAGAGCAACAAGAGGGUGGUGAUCGAGACCAAGCCGGCACCGGAGGACAUGGCCACCGUACAGAAGGUGGCAGGCGAAGCGAAGUGGGUCAAGAAGGAAGUUAAGGUGCCACCACCCGUUGCAAGGAAACCAAAAACGAAGGGGAAAGAGAUCGAGGACAGUGAAGGGACGGAGCAAACUGCAGGACAGGAAGCACUGCAAGACGGUGUCAAGGAUGCUACGGAGAAAAUGAAUGGGACAGCAGGUACUGUUGAAGGAGGAGAGACGCCAUCCACAUGAUUGUAAAGACUGAAGGAGACCUGGGAAGGACUUACCAAUAACACUGAAUCUGAUGCAAGGUCUUUGUGUGAGAAGCAAGCAAGACAAUGGAUUUAGAUGGAUGAGAUGCUUAUCUCAAGGAUUGCAUUUGUAAAAGUUCUGGAUUUUAAAGGAAAUUUUCCGACUUUAACGUUAAUGGUGUGGGUCUUCAUUUUGCUCAAGUUUGCAUUUUACCAGGAAUGAAUACAGCAUAUUUUCUUUUGCCAGAGGUGCUUCUGAGCUUUCCGUUGCACGAGAUGGGAAUAUACCGCCCUCUAGUGUCACACAUCGACGUAUGUCCUGCUGAACCAGCUUGAGAUGUAACAAUGGGACUUUUGGGCGCUCAUCUGUAAAUAUAGCAUGAUUUUGUACAUUCAACAUAUCCAGCAUUGAUGGAUCUGUUCUACAGAGUUCUGUUCUAUAUUUUCUCCAAAACGGUUUCCACAGCAAUUACAUUAGUUAAAAAGUAUUAAUUAUCUUAAGUUAUUUGUUUCCUGUUUUCAUAUUCAGAUGAGUCUCCACAGACAGGUGUUAAACCUGUGUAUCAUCAUUUAAAAUCAAGUUUGUUUGUAUCGCUUAAUCAUGUCCAAAUAUGUGUUCUCUAAAAUCCCACAUGUCCUUUUUUAUGAUUAAAAGCUCUUUGUGGGUGCAAUGAGAUGUCACAGAACCAAUGAGCAGACCUGCAAAGCAAUAUCUUUUCUGCUGCUUUUAGUUACUGAUAAUGGAGGCUUUGCCCUUUCUCAGUUGAUGCUCAACAGUGGGAUAUGUCUGUAUUGAACUAUAAUAUAUUUCAAACUGGUUUCAGACACUGUAUUGUAAGAAAUCAUUUAUAAUGGAAAGAAUAAAGAUUUAUGGACGGAUCAAAUCGUCAAAUGGA